AUGAAGUAUAAGCUAACCUUCUUCGGUUUCUAUGAUUUCAAACGAGGGUCUGUUAUUAAUCUCCUUUUUCCUUCUUUCAAUUUGCAUUUUUCUCUACCAAAUAACAAGGGUUUCUCCGAAGAAGCAGCCCUGGCAAAUCGGUGGUGGGUCGGAAAUGUGGGGUUGGGAGGGUUCGACCCGGUGCUGUCGACCCCGUCCCUUCAACUCAGAAACACAGACGAUGACCAUGGUGGAUUGGGGCGACUCGGUCCUAGGAGAGAGCAAGAGCUUAUGGACCCCGCUACUACCACCAAUAGCAGCGGUAGCAACAGUACUGCCAAUCCUAACGCUUCCAACCAAAACGCUGAAGACGAUGACAGCAGGAACAACGACCGAGACGCCGAAGAUCAGAACGCUGGUCAUGAGGGUGUCGAAACUGGUAGUGCUCGGAGACCUCGUGGCCGCCCACCAGGGUCCAAGAACAAGCCAAAGCCGCCUAUUAUUAUAACCAGAGAGAGCCCAAAUGCGCUACGGAGCCACGUCUUAGAGAUCAGUAGCGGUAGCGACGUCGUAGAAAGCAUUGCGACAUUCGCUCGGCGCCGGCAGCGUGGAGUCUGUGUUCUAAGCGGAAGCGGUGUCGUCACCAAUGUUACUCUCCGUCAACCGGCAGCAUCGGGUGCGGUCAUCACUCUUCAUGGACGCUUCGAGAUACUCUCGCUCUCUGGGGCGUUUUUGCCCGCACCAUCACCGCCCGGUGCGAGCGGGCUGACCGUCUAUUUGGCUGGAGGGCAGGGGCAGGUGGUGGGUGGCAGUGUUGUGGGUGCGCUCAUGGCGUCUGGACCAGUAAUGGUGAUUGCAGCGACAUUCGCGAAUGCGACGUACGAGCGGCUGCCAAUCAAAGACGAACCGGCCGGCGAGGGUAUGCAAUUACAGCAAACAUCAGGGGUAAAUUCGGGAACUUCUGGUAUUUCUGCAUCUCAGUCUCAUGUUUUACCUGACCCGUCUUCCCUGCCCAUCUAUAAUCUCCCGCCAAAUCUGCUUACCAACGGUCAGAUGCCACAUGAUGUGUUUUGGGCUCCUCCCCGACCACCUCCAUCUUACUAAAACAAGAAGAAUCGAUACAACUGCAAGUGAGAGAGAGAGAAAGCGAUAGGAAGAGAUGUAGUUAGUGAUACUGCUCUUUUCAUCUUCAUCAUCAUCCUCUUAUUCUUCUGUUUUCUUUUUCAUUUGGGUUCUCUCUGAAUGGUUUUAAUUUUCUUCAUUUCUGUGUCCUUGUGUAACAUAGAAUCAAAGUCGAUAUUUCUUUUUCAUCUUUCUGUGAAUUUGAUGUCUUGACUCUCGAGUAGGUUUGUUCUGCUAUUCUCUGUUUGUGGAAGAAUGUAUUCAACUUUGUAGAAAAAACAAAGCGGUCGAGAAAUGACGUUGGAGUCUCAAAAUCUAUUUGGAAUUCUCUCUUGGAAAGAUUAAAGAACCCAUUCUUCCUUACUGUUAAACCUGGUGAGUG